AGGCGCUGCUUAAAGCACCUGUGUUAGUUAGGCUAAUUUUAUAGAACUGGGAGGAUAGCAUUUAUUGCGUUUGAUGUUCUGGGGCUUGUGUCAAGGAGAGGAGUUGGGUGAUGGGGAAAGGUACAUGAAGGGCCGAUAGAAGAUGGAAAUUGACAACUUUGAUUACCUUUGGACAGGUGGCCAUGACCUCACUGCCCACUGGAACCACUGGGGACCCCGAUUUGUUUUCUGGGCUGUCGCCAGCCGGCUCCACUCCAGCCAACCAGAGCACAGAGGCCUCGGAGGGCAACGUGUCUGCGACGGUUCCCCGAGCUGCAGCAGUGACGCCGUUCCAGAGCCUGCAGCUGGUGCACCAGCUGAAGGGGCUGAUCGUGAUGCUGUACAGCAUCGUGGUGGUCGUGGGCCUGGUGGGCAACUGUCUGCUUGUGCUGGUGAUCGCGCGUGUGCGCCGGCUGCACAAUGUGACCAACUUCCUCAUCGGCAACCUGGCCUUGUCCGACGUGCUCAUGUGUGCCGCCUGUGUGCCUCUCACGCUGGCCUAUGCCUUUGAACCUCGUGGCUGGGUGUUCGGUGGAGGCCUGUGCCACCUGGUAUUUUUCUUGCAGCCGGUCACCGUCUAUGUAUCGGUGUUCACACUCACCACAAUCGCCUUGGACCGCUAUGUGGUUCUGGUGCACCCGCUACGUCGGCGCAUUUCACUGAGGCUCAGCGCCUACGCGGUGCUGGGUAUCUGGGCUCUCUCUGCAGUGCUGGCGCUGCCCGCUGCGGUGCACACCUACCAUGUGGAGCUCAAGCCCCACGACGUGCGCCUCUGCGAGGAGUUCUGGGGCUCGCAGGAGCGCCAGCGCCAGAUCUACGCCUGGGGGCUGCUGCUGGGCACCUAUUUGCUCCCCCUGCUGGCCAUCCUCCUGUCUUACGUCCGGGUAUCAGUGAAGCUGCGGAACCGCGUGGUGCCUGGCAGCGUGACCCAGAGCCAAGCUGACUGGGACCGAGCGCGUCGCCGCCGCACUUUCUGCCUGCUGGUGGUGGUGGUGGUAGUGUUCGCGGUCUGUUGGUUGCCGCUGCACAUUUUCAACCUGCUGCGAGACCUGGACCCGCGUGCCAUCGAUCCCUACGCCUUUGGGCUGGUGCAGCUCCUCUGUCACUGGCUUGCUAUGAGCUCCGCCUGCUACAACCCCUUCAUCUAUGCGUGGCUGCACGACAGCUUCCGAGAGGAGCUGCGUAAGAUGCUGUUGUCCUGGCCCCGCAAGAUCGUGCCUCAUGGCCAGAACAUGACUGUCAGCGUGGUCAUCUGAUGUCACUCUGCCAGGUCUGAGCUGGGGAACUUCAUAUCCCUUAGCCCUCGAGGUCGUCGUGAGAUCUUAUUCCCAGCACCAGAGUUAAGCCAACACAUGCGCAUUCCCACCCAGCCCUCCUGACUAGCUAUUUGUCUGGGUUUUGUGUUUCUGUGAAAUGUUAGGUGGGCUUUGCAGUAGAAGAACCUGCGGAGAGAGAAGCACAUUUAUCAGGUCUACCUACCCCUGAAAACAAAACACAGCUAUUUCUCUGGGUUCAGAAAAAUAAAUCAGAAGCAGGUUU